AUGGCGGGGUUGUUCUCAUUAGGCGGAGGUCGAGGGAGUAGCAACAACCAGCAAGACAACACUACAACCAACAACGAGAUUCCUGCAGCGGAGACCCUAUACUGGUACAGCAAAAACGACGACGUUUCGUCCUACCGAGGGUUCGAGCUAUGGAACCAGCAGCAGGAGCAGCAUGUGAUGCCCCCGCAUGCGCGCCCCCUCCAGCAGCGAGAUCUUUACUCCUCCGGUGUGGGGCCCAGCCGAGGCGUCUCGGAUGAUCACUCGUCGUCAAGAUCGGCGUUUGUGGCGAUGCGUGCGGCAGAGGGCGGAAUAAGCUGCCAGGACUGCGGAAACCAAGCCAAAAAAGAUUGCCCUCACAUGCGGUGCAGAACGUGCUGCAAGAGCAGAGGCUACGAGUGCCAAACCCAUGUCAAAAGUACUUGGGUUCCCGCUUCCAAACGCCGCGAGCGUCAGCAACAGCUAGCGGCGUUGCAAGAGCAACAACAGCAACAACAGAGAGACCUUUCCAAACGGCCAAGAGACCCAACCGCUUGCACUCGUUUGCCCUCGUCAGAAGGGUUAGAAGAAGGGCAUUUUCCUUCUGUGGUGAGUUCUCCUGCUGAGUUCAGGUGCGUGAGGGUUAGCUGCGUGGAGGAUGCUGAUGACAAGUAUGCGUAUCAAACGGCUGUGAACAUUGGGGGACAUGUGUUCAAAGGAAUCCUUUAUGACUAUGGUCCUGAGAAUAGCAAUAAUAACAACAGUAAUAAUAGUAAUAAUUACAUGGCUGGGGAGACCUCUGGUGUUGUUGGAGCUCAGCCCUUGAACCUCACUGCUUCUGGCGUUGUCUCUUCUUCUGGGGCACUUGUUGAUCCUUCCUCCAUGUAUUCAGCUCCAGUCAACACUUUCAUGGGUGGCAGCGGUACGCAAUUCUUCCCUCACACAAGAUCUUGA